AGAGAGAGGGAGUGUGUGAGUGUGAGGGAGCCAAGAAGCCCUCCAUCCAUCUCUCCAUCCUUCCCUCCAUCCCUUGGAAGGGAAAAGAGGGCUUGAGAGACUGCGGUUGGCACUUGUUCCUUGAAGACUGGGGAAGAAGAAGAAGAAGACCAAGCCUUAGAAAUGAUGUGCGAAGUGAUGCCAACGAUAAACGAGGACACCCCAAUGAAUCAACGGGGGUCCCAGAGCAGUGGGUCAGACUCGGAUUCUCACUUUGAGCAGCUCAUGGUGAAUAUGCUGGAUGAAAGGGAUCGUCUUCUCGACACACUCCGAGAGACACAGGAGAGUCUGUCUCUUGCACAGCAACGCCUUCAGGAUGUCAUUUAUGACCGAGACUCACUCCAGAGACAACUCAAUUCAGCACUGCCCCAGAUGACGGUUGCUGCUGGUACGAGCAUUGAGAAUAACAUUCAAAGGACCAUAUCCUGCCCUAAUGAAUUUGCUGCACUUACAAAAGAACUAAAUGCUUGCAGGGAACAACUACUGGAGAAAGAAGAAGAAAUUUCUGAACUGAAGGCUGAAAGAAAUAACACAAGACUGUUACUGGAACAUUUGGAGUGCCUUGUUUCAAGACAUGAAAGGUCACUGAGAAUGACAGUGGUGAAACGUCAAGCACAGUCCCCUUCAGGGGUUUCCAGUGAAGUUGAAGUGCUGAAGGCACUGAAAUCUUUGUUUGAACAUCACAAAGCUUUAGAUGAAAAGGUAAGAGAACGACUGAGGGUUUCUUUAGAAAGAGUCUCGGCACUUGAAGAGGAGCUAGCAGCUGCUAAUCAGGAGAUUAUAGCUAUGCGUGAACAAAAUGCACACAUUCAGAGGAAAAUGGCCACAGGAGAAGGCCUUCUUGACUCAGAGCAUAUCAAAGGAAUGGAGCCUGGGCAAAAAGUUCAUGAAAAGCGUCUAUCUAAUGGCUCUAUAGACUCAACCGAUGAAAACAGUCACUUGAUGGAACUACAGGAACUUCUUGAAAAGCAAAAUUAUGAAAUGGCUCAGAUGAAGGACCGCUUGGCUUCCUUGUCUUCUAGAGUUGGGGAGGUAGAACAAGAUGCAGAAACAGCUAGAAAGGACCUAAUUAAAACUGAAGAACUGAACAGCAAAUAUCAGAGAGACAUAAGAGAGGCUAUGGCACAGAAAGAAGACAUGGAAGAAAGGAUUACUACCCUUGAGAAGCGUUACCUGAGUGCCCAGAGGGAAUCAACCUCAAUACAUGACAUGAAUGAUAAGCUUGAAAAUGAGCUGGCAAACAAGGAGGCCCUCCUGAGACAGAUGGAAGAAAAAAAUAGACAGCUGCAAGAACGUCUUGAGCUAGCUGAACAAAAACUGCAACAAACAAUGAGAAAAGCUGAGACGUUGCCUGAAGUAGAAGCGGAACUGGCUCAGAGAAUUGCAGCACUCACUAAGGCAGAAGAAAGACAUGGGAACAUCGAAGAACGCAUGAGGCAUUUGGAGGCUCAGUUGGAAGAAAAGAAUCAGGAACUCCAAAGAGCCAGGCAACGAGAAAAAAUGAAUGAAGAGCACAACAAGAGAUUAUCAGAUACAGUAGACAGACUUUUGACAGAAUCUAAUGAGCGCCUACAGCUACACCUAAAAGAGAGAAUGGCAGCACUGGAAGAAAAAAAUGUUUUGAUACAAGAAUCAGAAAACUUUAGAAAAACCCUGGAAGAAUCAUUACAUGAUAAGGAAAGGUUGGCAGAUGAAAUAGACAAGCUAAGAAUUGAAUUGGAUCAGAUGAAAAUAAGGACAGGUUCUUUAAUUGAUUCCACAUUGUCAAGACCCCAUCUUGAUUCAUCGGCAGAGCUGAGGUACUCUGUGGGUUCAUUAGUUGAUAGUCAACCUGAUUAUAGAUCUACUAAAGUGAUAAGAAGACCUAGAAGAGGCCGCAUGGGAAUCCGGAGAGAUGAACCAAAGGUGAAAUCCCUUGGAGAUCAUGAGUGGAACAGAAGUCAACCAAUUGGAGUUCUGAGUAGCCAUCCAUUUGAGAGUGACACUGAAAUGUCAGAUAUUGAUGAUGAUGACAGAGAUACAAUUUUUAGCUCCAUGGACCUUCUAUCACCAAGUGGACAUUCUGAUGCCCAGACACUUGCCAUGAUGCUUCAGGAGCAACUGGAUGCAAUAAAUAAAGAAAUCAGGCUAAUCCAGGAGGAGAAAGAAUCAACAGAACUGCGUGCUGAAGAAAUAGAGAACAGAGUAGCCAGUGUAAGUCUAGAAGGCUUAAAUCUGGCCCGGAUGCACCCUGGUACAUCUAUUACAGGCUCGAUUACAGCUUCUUCACUUGCAAGCUCUUCUCCUCCCAGUGGGCACUCAACUCCUAAACUCACUCCCCGUAGUCCAGCCAGAGAGAUGGAUCGGAUGGGCAUCAUGACACUGCCAAGUGAUCUCAGGAAGCACCGCAGAAAGAUUGCAGUAGUUGAAGAAGAUGGACAUGAAGACAAAGCCACAAUAAAAUGUGAAACCUCUCCUCCUUCGACACCUAGAGCUAUUAGAAUGACUCAUACUCUACCUUCGUCAUAUCAUAAUGAUGCCAGAAGUAGCUUGCCUGCAUCCUUGGAACCAGAAAGCAUUGGUUUUGGCAGUGUCAGUAGCAGCCAGGAUUCCCUACACAAAGCUCCCAAGAAGAAAGGAAUCAAGUCUUCAAUAGGACGUUUGUUCGGUAAAAAAGAGAAGGCACGACUUGGACAGAUCAGAGGUUACAUAGAAACAGAAGCUGCAGCGCAGGAAUCUCUGGGAUUAGGCAAACUUGGAACACAGGCAGAGAAAGACCGAAGACUAAAGAAAAACACAUCUGGGCAUGAACUUCUGGAAGAGGCUCGGAGGAAGGGGUUGCCUUUUGCACAAUGGGAUGGGCCUACAGUGGUUGCAUGGCUAGAGUUGUGGCUGGGAAUGCCUGCAUGGUAUGUUGCUGCAUGCCGGGCAAAUGUGAAAAGUGGAGCAAUUAUGUCUGCAUUGUCAGAUACUGAAAUUCAGAGGGAAAUUGGAAUCAGCAACCCUCUCCAUCGCUUAAAGCUCCGUUUGGCAAUCCAGGAGAUGGUAUCACUCACAAGUCCCUCAGCCCCUCCAACAUCUAGAACGCCCUCAGGCAAUGUUUGGGUGACCCAUGAAGAAAUGGAAACACUUGCUGCUCCAGCUAAAACGAAAGAUAAUGAGGAAGGCAGUUGGGCUCAGACCCUGGCUUAUGGUGACAUGAACCAUGAAUGGAUUGGUAAUGAGUGGCUACCCAGCCUGGGAUUACCACAGUACAGAAGUUACUUUAUGGAGUGCUUGGUAGAUGCAAGGAUGUUAGACCACUUGACGAAAAAAGAUCUCCGUGUACACUUAAAAAUGGUGGAUAGCUUUCAUCGAACAAGUCUCCAGUAUGGAAUCAUGUGUUUAAAAAAACUGAAUUAUGACAGAAAAGAGCUAGAAAGGAGAAGAGAAGCAAGUCAGCAUGAAAUAAAAGAUGUGCUUGUAUGGAGUAAUGACAGAGUGAUACGCUGGAUACAAGCAAUUGGACUACGAGAAUAUGCAAACAAUGUGCUAGAAAGUGGUGUACAUGGAUCACUCAUAGCCCUUGAUGAUAACUUUGAUUACAGUAGUUUAGCUUUAUUAUUGCAGAUCCCAACACAGAAUACACAGGCACGACAGAUCCUUGAGAGAGAAUACAACAAUCUAUUGGCACUAGGAACAGAUAGACGACUUGAUGAAAGUGAUGACAAGAAUUACAGGCGUGGUUCUUCCUGGCGAAGACAAUUUCCUCCACGUGAAGUCCAUGGGAUCAGCAUGAUGCCUGGCUCUUCAGAAACACUGCCAGCUGGAUUCAGGUUAACUACAACAUCAGGACAGUCACGAAAAAUGGCAACUGAUGUUGCUUCAGCACGGUUGCAGAGGCUAGAUAGUUCUACAGUUCGCACAUAUUCAUGCUGACAAGACUAGCAUGGAACAGAGUUCUGACCUGAACUAAUAUGCCACCUUUUUCUUCUACUUUACCUGAAGUGCACUACCACCAUCUUAAGAAAAGAAGCUUUUUAUUCCAAGAACAGGGUAAUAGGGAAGAAAACAUAGAUGUUUAUCAGAUUAAAAUGUGUGGUGAUCUUGUUACAUAUUAAGU